AUGAAAAUUCAUUUCGCAGUUUUCGAAUUAUUGAAAAACCAAGCGCUAGAACGAUGUUCUGAAAACUACGUAUCUCUCGUAAAAGGAUAUGCAGAGACGAUUCAAGAGCUCUUUCCCACAUUUGAAUUACCCAUUCAAAAAGUAGCAAAUCGAGGAAGAAGAGAAUUGAGCGUCGAAUUGACUCCCGAAUCACUCAGGGGCGAGUAUGACUACGAGACGUUUACGGAGAUGGUGACUAAAGACAUGGCAAGGAUAAACAAGGGCAAGAAAGACAUGGAGAUUGCCCUUGAAGUUUUCAGAAGACGCAGACGUCCCUACGGCUCUGGCGUCGAAGAAGACAGUCUACUACCAAAUUUCCAAUGUGUUGAUUUCAAACGACUUAAGGGUGUCCCUCACCUGGAUUUUUUCUGCGAGAUCUGCGCCGAGCUCCCAUAUGGUUCCACAAUCGAGUCCUGCCGCCACGAUUUCGGCGAGCACUGCUUCAUCUCUAACAUAGAAAAAAGCCUGUUGAGUUCCAAUUACCACGGGCCGCUUGUUUACAAAUCAGAAGAUUCCGCUCAAUCACCGUAA